UGCACCGGAAGCGCUGCUCUGUCUUUUUCCGUUUCUCGGCUUUGGUGAGAGCGUGGAUUUCAUCAUUCAGGCUCACAACAUCACUAACAAUGAGCGUUCCAGCUUUUAUCGACAUAACCGAAGAAGAUCAGGCAUCAGAGCUGAGAGCCUAUAUCAAAUCCAAAGGAGCAGAAAUCUCAGAGGAGAAUGCUGAAGGAGGACUUCAUGUUGAUCUGGCUCAGAUCAUUGAGGCUUGUGAUGUAUGCCUCAAAGAUGAUGAUAAAGAUGUAGAGAGUGUCAUGAACAGCAUCGUGUCUCUGCUGCUGAUCCUUGAAACAGAUAAGCAGGAGGCUCUCAUUGAGAGUCUGUGUGAGAAACUGGUGAAGUUCCGUGAAGGAGAGAGGCCCUCUCUUAGGUUGCAGCUCCUAAGUAACCUGUUCCAUGGCAUGGAUGAGAAUACUCCAGUGAGAUACACCGUGUUCUGCAGCCUCAUCAAAGUGGCGGCCACCUGUAAUGCCAUCUCCUUCAUUCCUACUGAUCUUGAUCAGGUGCGUAAGUGGAUUGUUGACUGGAACCUAAACACAGAGAAGAAGCAUACACUCUUGAGGCUGGUGUAUGAGGCUUUGGUUGAUUGUAAAAAAAGUGAGCCUGCAGCUAAAGUCAUGGUUGAGUUGCUGGGGAGUUACACAGAAGACAAUGCUUCACAAGCACGUGUUGAUGCGCACAGGUGCAUCGUCCGUGCUCUUAAAGAUCCCAACACCUUCCUGUUUGACCACUUGCUGACCCUGAAACCCGUUCGCUUUCUAGAGGGAGAACUCAUCCAUGAUCUUUUAACUAUCUUUGUGAGUGCAAAACUGGCGGCAUAUGUCAAAUUUUACCAGAACAACAAAGAUUUCAUUGAGUCGCUCGGUCUCUCUCAUGAGCAAAACAUGGCCAAGAUGCGUCUGCUUACAUUCAUGGGCAUGGCGGUGGAAUUCAAGGAGAUCUCCUUUGACACCAUGCAGCAGGAGCUGCAGGUUGGAGCGGAGGACGUUGAGGCUUUCGUCAUCGAUGCUGUUCGGACCAAAAUGGUGUACUGCAAAAUUGACCAGACUCAGAGAAAGGUUGUUGUGAGCCACAGCACACAUCGCACCUUUGGCAAGCAGCAAUGGCAGCAGCUGCACGAAAAGCUCUCCUCCUGGAAAGCUAACCUAGCAACGGUCAAGACCAGCCUCCAAGCCCUGUCCCCUUCUGCCUAGUUCCACCAGCUAACUAAAAACAUUACAUCUUCACUGCUUUUCAGAUUCCGUGACUGGAAACAGGAUAUUUUAUAUUCAGCCAAUAAAAAGAAAAGUGAAGAUUA